AUGGCUAAAGGCCGCCAAUUCCUUUUGCUAUUAUGGAAAAAUUUCACUUUACUUCGACGCUCUUGGCUAACUGUACUCUUCGAAGUAUUCUUGACAGUCCUCUUUGUAAUUGUGCUAUUAUUAGUUCGGACGGAUGGCGAUUUAAAGGGCAAGAUGGUACCGGUCUAUGAGCCUAGAUCAUUUACCAUUCACAGCUUGCCCAGUGAGUUAGUUUUGGAGCAUAAUGGUAAAUACAUGGCCUUUUGUCCCAACACAAGUGCAGCAGUAGUGGGUGUCAUGAAACGAGCCCAACGCCUUUUAGAUGGAUUACAGAGAGUAGAUGGAUUUGCCAAUGAAGAAGAUAUGGUCAAUUUUUUAAUAUCAAAAGAAACCCAAUUAGGUCAGUCAUUUUCGCCCUAUAUCGGUGGUGUGGUAUUCCAUGUUAAUGGCAGCCAGUUCGAUAGUCAAAUUAAUUACUCCAUCCGAUUGGAUUAUAUACCCCGACAUGAUGCACAAGAUGCAUCCCUAAUUGGAGCGAGCCAAACUUGGGAAACCAAAUAUACAUUUCCCAUUUUUCAGAUUAAAGGACCGCGCGAACGCCAUGAUACUACUGGUGGAUCACCUGGUUACUAUCGUGAAGGAUUUCUAGCAUUGCAAUGGGCAAUCGAUCGAGCUAUUAUCGCUCAUCUCUACGAUCUUGCUGAACCGCCAUCUGUUGAUUUAGAAAUGCAACGGUUUCCUUAUCCAUCUUAUUUAGAUGAUAAAUUCAUUUACAUUAUUCAAAAUGUCUUUCCAUUACUGCUCAUGAUGUCAAUGGUGGUCACUGCGUUGAGUAUAGUCAAAAGUGUUGUCUUUGAGAAAGAGCGAAAACUUAAGGAAUCGAUGAAAAUUAUGGGUUUAAGUAAUUGGCUGCAUUGGUUGUCAUGGUUCGUUCAGUACUUUGUCUUUUUCUUAAUCUCAAUGGGGAUUAUUACUUUCUUUUUAUGUACCAAUAUUACUUCCAAUGGCAGAAUUUUGGAUAAUACAAAUCCGAUUGUCUUGUACCUAUUUCUAAUGGUGUAUAGUUGUACAAGUAUUAUGUGGUGUUUCUUAGUGAGUGUAUUCUUCUAUCGCUCCAACAUCGCGGCUGCAGCUGGUGGAAUCUUAUGGUUUUUAAAUUAUGUACCGUUCUUCUUCAUUACGUUUUACUAUAGUUCGUACAGCAUAAAUCAAAAGCUUGGAGCUUCUCUUCUUUCCAAUGUUGGUAUGGCUUUAGGAGCUACGGUUAUAGGCAAAUUAGAAGGACAGGGUGUUGGUGCGCAAUGGUCGAAUUUCUUUCACCCCGUCUCAGUUGAUGAUUCUCUAUCUUUAGCAUCAAUUGUUGGCAUGCUAUUACUUGAUGCUUUCAUAUAUGGCUUAUUAGCCUUUUAUAUUGAAGCAAUCUUUCCUGGAGAAUUUGGCGUACCCCAGCAAUGGUAUUUCCCUUUUACCCGCAGUUAUUGGUUCGGUGUAACCCCAAUAGAGUUUGACGAAGAAAGAAUACGAUUACUAAGUAAUUCGCCUUCAAUUUCUCAAUAUUCACAUUUUGAGAAAGAGCCAACAGAUCUACAACCUGGUAUUAGUGUUCGUAACAUUUUUAAAGUAUUUAAUCGUAAUAAGUAUUGUGGUAAAUCGUCGGAGGAGAAAGUAGCUGUCAACGAUGUUAGCGUAAAUAUGUACAGCGGCCAAAUCACUGUGUUACUUGGUCAUAAUGGUGCUGGUAAAACAAGUUUAAUGUCAAUGCUCUGUGGUAUGUUUCCUCCUACUACAGGGUCAGCACUGGUUAAUGGACAUGAUAUAUGUUGCGAUAUUGACAGGGUUAGAAAUAGUUUAGGACUUUGUCCACAGCACGAUAUCCUAUUUGAUACGCUUACUGUAGAGGAACAUUUACGGUUCUUUGCCAAAUUGAAAGGCUGUCCAAAAGACAGAAUUAACGCCGAAAUAGAUAGAAUUAUUGAAGCUGUUGGAUUAGGUGAUAAAAAAUACACUUUUUCUUCCUCUUUAUCUGGUGGAAUGAAGAGAAAAUUAUCUGUUGGUAUCGCACUAAUUGGGGAUUCAAAGGUUGUUCUCCUUGAUGAACCGACCUCAGGUAUGGAUCCAUCCGCUCGUCGAUUUACUUGGGAUCUUUUACAACGUGAAAAAGCCAAUCGAACAAUUUUGUUAACAACACAUUUUAUGGAUGAAGCUGAUCUACUUGGUGAUCGUAUAGCGAUUAUGGGAAAAGGCAAAGUAAUAUGUUGUGGUAGUUCACUAUUUUUGAAGAAAAAGUACGGUAUUGGUUACCACAUGACUAUUGUAAAAAGUGCUACUUGCAAAGUCAACGAAAUUAUUGAAAGAGUUACGAAAAGUAUCGAUGGAGCAACAUUAGAAAAUAACGUCGGAUCUGAGCUUUCGUUUAUUUUACCAAGUAGUGGUUCUAAUAAAUUUGAGUUAUUAUUUUGUGAACUUGAAGAGCAUCAGACUGAACUUGGAAUUUCUAGUUUUGGAGCGUCAGUUACUACUAUGGAAGAAGUGUUUCUUAAAGUAAACGAUAUUGUCGAAAAGUAUUAUUCCCACCAAGGUGAGGAAGAAAGGUUUUCACAAGAUAGUAAUGAUUGUGGAAGAGAAGAUUAUAAGCUAUGGUAUCAACAGUUUUGUGCCAUGCUAACAAAGCGAAUGUUGCAUUCCAAGCGUUACAAAUGGUCAAUAAUUUCACAACUUCUGGUGCCCAUAAUUUUUACAAUGAUUGCCCUCAUUGUUAUCAAAACAAUCCCAUAUAAUGGAGGAUCACCUCCUUUGUCUCUCGUAACCGAUCAGUUUGGUAAGAAUUACGCACCCUUUGCCUACGACGAUAACCCAAAUACUUUAGCUUAUCGACUAAGUGAGGCCUACUCAAAUCAGUUUAAUGAUACCUCUACUUACCCAGUUAAUAUUAUGCGAUUUAAUGGAACAAUGAAUGGAAACAUGACAAAAUUCGCUUUAGAAAAGAGCAUGCAAGACAUAGGAGCGUUCAACUCUCGGUACAUGAUUGGUGCAGAAUUUCACAACGUAAAAUCGCAAUCAGAUAGAGUUGCCAUUAAAUUAUGGUUCAACAAUCAAGCCUUCCAUUCUAUUGGUGUAACAGUGAAUUAUCUUACAAAUUGUAUACUUGCUUACGGAUUUAACACAACCAAUGAAAGAUAUACUAUAACGACUACAAACUAUCCUCUUCCACCUUCCGGAAGUGAAACGUUAACCAACAUAAAAAAGUAUGCCCUCGGAUUCAAUAUAGCGUUUAACUUGAUGUUCGGCAUGUCAUUUUUAGCUUCAAGCUUUGUCAUUUUCCUCAUAAAGGAAAGAUCCAGUAAAGCUAAGCAUGUCCAGUUUGUGAGUGGUGUCGACCCAUUAUGCUUCUGGUUGUCUUCGUUUGUGUGGGAUCUAUUUAACUAUAUGAUCCCUUGUUUGGCACUUUUGGUAGUUUUUGCAGCUUUUGACACGCAAGCAUACGUGGACGAUAAUCGCUUAGGAAUUGUAAUCCUAAUCCUUUUCCUCUAUGGAUGGGCUAUUAUUCCGUUGAUGUACCUAUUUUCCUUCUUAUUCGUUAAUUCAGCAACUGGCUUUGUCGUCACAACUAUGUUCAACAUUAUUACUGGAUUAGUUACUCUAAUAACGGUCAACAUAUUUAGUAUCCCACAACUAAAUCAAAUGGCGACAGCAAAUGGUUUGAAAUGGGGUUUCUUGGUACUACCGAAUUAUUGUCUAGGGCAAAGUUUAAGUGAUAUGUUUGUAAAUUAUAUCACAAUUACUACUUGCAUGAAAAAUGAAUUAACUAAGCUUGGUUGCAAAGCUCUAAAAGUUAAAUAUCAAACGAAUUAUCUGUCAUGGGAAGAUCCGGGUAUUGGACGUUUUGCCGUUUUCAUGGCCAUUGAAGGUGUAGUACUGCUCGUAAUACUAUUUUUAUUAGAAUAUGGGAUCCUUGGAAGGAUAUAUGAUUCUUUAAUUUGUUCCGGCAAAGGACAAGAUGAAAGUGUUGACGAAGAAGAAGAUGUUGAUGUCAAUGAAGCAACUGUCAAUAACUUAUCUAUCGGCAUAUCUUUGGGAGAGUGCUUUGGAUUACUUGGAGUAAAUGGAGCUGGUAAAACUACGACAUUUAAAAUGUUAACUGGUGAUGAAUCAAUAACGUCCGGUACUGCUGUGAUGAGUGGAUUUAACAUUAAGACUCAAUUAAGACAGGCGCGACAGCAAAUGGGUUAUUGCCCUCAGUUUGAUGCAUUAAUAGAAUUGAUGACUGGCAGGGAGCUAUUAUCAAUGUUUGCCCGAUUGCGAGGGGUACCUGAAAGCAGGUUACGGCAGGUUGUAGAAAAAAUUAUUUCACAAUUAAGCCUGAAAGAAUACGCGGAUAGACUUUGCGGGACAUAUAGCGGCGGAAAUAAGCGUAAGCUUUGCACAGGAAUUGCUUUAGUUGGCAAUCCACCGGUCAUAUUUUUAGAUGAACCCACUACUGGUAUGGACCCGGUUGCUCGCCGAUUUUUAUGGAACGUUCUUAGCAAAAUUAGAGCAGAGAAUCGUUGUAUAGUCAUUACAUCACAUAGUAUGGAAGAAUGUGAAGCCCUGUGUACAAGAUUAGCUAUAAUGGUUAAUGGCAAAUUUAAGUGUUUAGGCAGUCCUCAACAUUUAAAGAGCAAAUUUGGACAAGGUUAUACAGUUAUUGCGAAAGUUGGGAGAGACAAACCGAAUUCUAUACACGAUCAAGAGCAAAUUAUGAAUCGUCUUCAAGCCUAUAUCGAAGAAAACUUUCCUAAUGCCGUGAUAAAGGAUCAGCAUCAUGGAUUGAUUCAUUACUAUGUAUCUGAUGCUAGAGUAUCGUGGGCAAAGGUGUUCUCGAUUAUGGAAGAAGCUAAACGAACCUUCAAUUUAGAGGAUUACUCCGUUGGCCAAACUACCUUAGAAGAUGUUUUUUUAAAUUUUGCUGGCACUCAGCGUCAACAAAUGCCACCACUUGAUGACGCACCUAUAGCAUAA